CUCAACCCAAAGAAUUUCUCAUUCAACAAAACUUUUUAUUUUGUGUUCGUCUCCUACACCGCAACUCUCAAAUCGAUUUUUCCUACACAAACACCUUCAUUCAUCUUCAAUCUUCAUCUCUACGUAUUCACAAUCCUCUUUGCUCUAUCGAUCUGUGCAAUUAACUCUUCAUUUAUCCCAAAAUCGUCUCGAAUCUUCGUUACGUUCCGAUCCAGCCUUUCACUUGUAUAAAUUCCUAUUAGGUUUUUGCGUGGAGAAUUUGGAUUGAAGUAUAAUGAGUAUUGAGAGCCCCGGUGCAGGGGAGAAAAGCUAGGGUUUUGGAUUUGAAGUGCUGUGAGAGAGUAUUUCCAUGGGCGAUGGAGGUGUUGCAUGUGUGCAAACGCUGCGUUUUUCGAUUUCGGAUAAUUCAUUUUGCGGCGGUUUGAAGAUGAAGAUAGGGAGAAGAGAUAAGUUUUGUUUAGAAGGUGAAGAAGAACCGUGUGAUGGUAGUGGUAGUAGUAGUGGUAGUGAAGACUUUUCGGUAGAGGAGAAUGGGUAUAAUAAUAAGGAGGAAGUGGAAGAAGGUGAAUUGGGGUCUUUGGAGAUGGAGAAUGGGGAGUUUGUGCCCGAAAGACCGAGACGCUUUGAGAUUAAGAGUGAGAUUGAGAAGGGGGAGUUUGGGGCGGAUAGGUGGAGGAAAAGUGAGGUGGAAAAGGGGGAGUUUGUGCCUGGAAAGUGGCGGAAAGGGGAGUAUUUGAAUCGAAGGAGGGAGUUUGAGAGUUCGGAAUUCUGGUCACCGAAAGGCGGUAAAGAUGACGUGGAGAAAGGUGAGUUUAUUCCAGACCGAUGGCAGCAGCGAGAUGACGAUGACGAUGAUGGCUUCUUUAAAAUGCGGCGCCAUGACUCUUCCAAAGGAAAAAGGUGGAAAACAGGGCGCGGUAGAGGUAAGCAUACGUAUGAAAAGGAUUAUAACAAAAAUGGAAACCAGUAUACUAAGAAGUCUGCAAGGUGGGAAAAUAACAGCAGAGAGAAGACUCCGAGGAUCAGUUCAAAAAUAGUAGAUGAAGAAGGGGAGUUAAAUAAUGAAUGUAGCAAUGGUAAAAGCCAUGGGAGGGAUUUCCCUUUAGGGAACCGCUUGAAACGGCAUAAUGCUCAUACAGACGGCGGUGACAGGAAACACCAUGGUGAAUUUAAUGAUUACACACCCUAUAAAAGCAGGAGAAUUUCUGAUGAUGGAAGUCGGUCUGCUUACAAUGCAGAGUACUCUUACAAAAAUUCUACGUCUAAUCGGAAUGUUUCAUCAGAAAGGUACUCAUCUAGGAACGAAUCUCCUCUGUCUUCUAGACCAGCCUAUGACAGGCAUAAUAAUAGUCCACGUCAUUCUGAGCGGUCCCCACGUGACCGGUCCCGCCAGUAUGACCAUCGUGAUUACGACCAUCGUGAUUACGACCAUCGUGAUUACGACCAUCGUGAUUACGACAACAGGAGCCCAGUUCGCCGUGAUAGGUCACCGUAUGUUCGUAAUCGUCAUUACGAUUACAGAAAUCGGAGCCCAAGUUAUUCAGAACGAUCCCCACGUGAGCAAACUCGGGUCUAUGAUCGAAGGGAGCGAACUCCAAGCUUAACGGAUUCCUCUCCACAUAAUCGUGGUAGGUCGGGUAAUUACCGGGAAACGGGUCGAAAAACGGGCUCAAGUGAAAAACGGAAGAGUCAUUAUGAGGCUAGAAGCCAAGAAGAGAAAGUGAAUUCAAGGGAGACACAAAUCUUGGCUAAAGAUUCUGAAACAAGAACCAGUCUUGAUGUUUGUGAUGAGUCUGCUGAAAAAAGUGUUCAAAAGGAAGACUUAAAGCAAGCACAGCAGGUCAAUGGAGCUACUGAGGAACUGCUCUCAAUGGAAGAAGACAUGGAUAUAUGUGAUACCCCACCACAUGUUCCCGAGGCCGAAACAUCAGUUUCAACCACUGGAAAAUGGUAUUACUUGGACCAUUUUGGUGUGGAACAGGGUCCAUCAAGAUUAUGUGACCUGAAGAUGCUUGUGGAAGAAGGUUUUCUUGUCUCAGAUCAUUUGGUCAAACACCUGGAUAGUCAAAGAUGGGUGACUGUUGAAAAUGCAGUUUCUCCUGUAGUGACAGCUAAUUUUACUUCCAGUUUUCUUGACACUGUUCCUGAGCUGGUUAGUCCCCCUGAAGCUCCUGGAAAUUUGUUAGUAGAUGUGGGCGAGUCGGCUUCAACUAGUAACCAAUUAGGUGAAGAGGGUUUGGUUGUUUCUGCAGAAACAAAUAAAGAUCCACAUUCUCAAGAUCUUCGAAUUGAUGAAAGAGUUGAAGCACUUUUUGAUGGUUUUUCCAGUAUUCCAGGCAGAGAACUCGAGACCGUUGCUGAAGUGCUGCAAAUGACAUUUGUUCAUGGUGAGCUGCAGACAUGGGGAUACUCUGAAGGUUUCGCAUUGCAUCAAUGUGAGGUCGGGGAUAACGACAGUCUAAAAAUGGGCGAUGACAUAUCCAGUCACUCUGAAUUUGCUGAUAAAUUGCCAGCUGGGCCCGAACACGCUGACAACGACUAUGCAUUUGAAUAUGGAGAUACUUGUGAUUGGUUUUCUGGCCGGUGGUCAUGCAAAGGUGGUGACUGGAAGAGGAUUGAUGAGGCUGCUCAAGAUCGAUUUUUGAAAAAGAAGUUUGUUCUUAACGAUGGUUAUGCUUUGUGUCAGAUGCCAAAAUCUGGGCAUGAAGAUCCUCGCAGGCAUAAAAAAGAUGAUCUGUAUCAUUCUUCUCAUGGUAGAAGGCUUGAUCUUCCAUCAUGGGCUUUUAAUCCAUCUGAUGAGUCAGCAGAGUACAGGUCAAGUCAAACGAAAAUACUGGGUACGAGGGGAGUAAAAGGAAUGAUGCUUCCAGUUGUCAGAAUAAACACAUGUGUGGUUAAGGACCAUGGUUCAUUUUUAUCUGAACCGCGUGUGAAACCAAGAGGAAAAGAACGAUAUUCUUCAAGGCCUAGCCACCGUUACAGUUCGACAAGUGAUUCAAAAAGAUCAUCAGAAGAAAGUGUUUCCAGAAGGAAAAGUAGUCACGAGCAUGGCCAUCAUCAUAACGCCUCGUACAAAAGCAUCAUGCCUGUUAGUAUGCCAAAGGAUCAUCUUUCCAAUAGAGAUGAUUUGCAACUACAUCUUGGUGAUUGGUAUUACUUUGAUGGCGCUGGUCAUGAACGGGGCCCGUUGUCGUACUCUGAAAUCCAAGUAUUAGCUGAUCAAGGUAUAAUCCAAAAACACAGUAGUGUUUUCCGGAAGUUCGAUAAACUGUGGGUCCCGGUGGUUACCGAAGGUAAGAGAAAGAUUGAUAAUGAUAAUUCUAGUGACACAUCUGGACCAAGCAUCUUGGAAACUGAGAGUGGGACCCAUGUUGUUUCUAGUUCAUUUCACAAUUUGCAUCCUCAGUUUAUCGGUUACACUCGAGGAAAGCUUCAUGAAUUGAUUAUGAAGUCGUACAAGAGUCGCGAGUUUGCUGCAGCCAUAAAUGAAGUUUUAGACCCGUGGAUUAACCUGAGACAGCCCAGAAAAGAAACAGAGAAAAACAUAUAUAAUCCAGCAAUCAUUAACAAGUUCACAAGAUCAGAUCAAACUAACAAAAGGGCACGCAUUGUGGGUGAUGGGGUUGAUGAAGAUUAUGAAUUGGAUGUAUCCAACUUGGAAAAAGACGUACCAUUUGAAGAUUUGUGUGGCGAUGAUACUUUCUGCAGUGAAAAGAGCGGGAAUUUAAUGGUGGGAAAUGAAAAUUGGGGUCUACUAGACGGACAAGUGUUGGCACGCGUCUUUCAUUUCCUUAGAGCCGAUAUAAAAUCCCUUGUUUAUGCGAAUUUAACCUGUAAGCACUGGAGAUCUGUAGUAAAGUUCUACAAAGGUAUUUCUAAACAAGCCGACUUUUCUUCAGUGUCGAAUUGCACCGACUCUAUGAUCCACGACAUAAUGAACGGUUAUAAUAAAGACAAAAUAACAUCCUUGGUUCUACACGGUUGCUCAAAAAUAACUCCUAGCAUGCUCGAAGAAAUUUUGGGAUUACUCCCUUGUUUAUCAUGUGUAGAUAUUAGAGGUUGCAGCCAGUUUGAGGACCUGACCCGUAAAUUUCCAAAUAUUAAUUGGGUCAAGACCCGGACUUCGACUGAAAGACGUUACAACAGUCACGUGGAGGAUUCUAGCGGGCUUAGAGAUUAUUUCGAAAGUCUGGAUAAGAGAGAUGCUUCAAAUCAGCUAUUCAGAAGAAGCUUAUACAAACGUUCGAAGGUUUUUGAUGCCAGAAAAUCCUCAUCAAUGCUAUCUAGAGAUGCCCAAUUGAGGCGUUUGGCAAUGAAGAAAACCGAAAAUGGAUACAAGCGGAUGAAAGAGUUUUUAGCUUUGGGUCUUAAGGACAUCAUGAAGGAGAAUACUUUUGAAUUUUUCAUUCCAAAAAUCGCUGAAAUCGAGAGUAAAAUAAGAAACGGGUAUUAUGCUGGUCGCGGUUUGGGCUCUGUGAAAGAUGAUAUUAGACGAAUGUGUCGGGAAGCAAUUAGAGUGAAAAAUAAGGGGGAUGCGAGAGGUAUGAAUCACAUAAUCAAUUUAUUUAUCCGUCUCGCAACAAGUUUAGAAGACCGUUCUAAAUUCUCAAUCGAGAAAGAUGCGAUGAUGAAGAGUUGGAAGGAUGAUCCACCUCCAGGGUUCUCUUCCGCUUCAACAAAGUCAAAGAAAGCCAACCGAGAGAGAAAAUACACCAGCAGAAGUAGUGGGUCGUUUAUUAACGGCGGUCUUGAACAUGGACAUUAUACAUCUGACCGUGAAAUCAAAAGGCGUUUAUCCAAAUUGAACAAAAAAGCUAUGGAUUCCGAAAGUGAUACAUCUGAUGACCGGUCAAGAUCCUCCGAAGAGACAGAAACCGACAGUGAGAGUAGCUCAUCGGAUUCAGAUAGUGGGUUCGACACACGGUCUGCAAGCGGGCCAGGGGAAUCAAGAUCAGGGGAUGGUUAUGUUAGUGCAGAUGACGGGUUUGAUUCCUUGGUUGAUGACCGGGAAUGGGGGGCCCGCAUGACAAAAGCUAGCCUUGUGCCACCUGUCACCAGGAAAUAUGAAGUAAUCGAUCACUACGUUAUUGUAACUGAUCAUGAAAACGUGCAACGAAAGAUGCAAGUAACUUUACCCGAAGACUAUUCCGAGAAACUCGUUUCCCAAAAGAACGGAACCGAGGAAUCCGACAUUCCCGAAGUUAAGGACUAUAAACCAAGGAAAAAGCUUGACGAUGAAGUGAUAGAACAAGAAGUUUACGGGAUAGAUCCGUACACACAUAAUCUUCUAUUAGAUACAAUGCCCGAGGAAUUAGAUUGGCAACUUUUGGAUAAACAUGUGUUUAUUGAAGAUGUGCUUCUUCGAACCUUGAAUAAGCAAGUCAGAGGCUUUACAGGAACCGGUAAUACUCCUAUGAAGUAUCCAUUGAAGCUCGUUAUCGAGGAUAUCUUAAAAAGUGCCAAAGAAGACCAUGAUACACGCACUUCUGAACUCUGUCAGUAUAUGCUCAAGGCUAUGAGCAACCGUCCUGAUGACAAUUAUGUUGCUUAUAGAAAGGGGCUUGGCGUUGUUUGUAACAAAGAAGCUGGUUUUAGUGAGGAUGAUUUUGUUGUGGAGUUCUUAGGAGAGGUUUAUCCUGCUUGGAGAUGGUUUGAAAAGCAAGACGGUAUUCGUGCUCUGCAGAAAGACAGUAAAGAACCGGCGCCCGAGUUCUAUAACAUCUAUCUUGAGAGACCGAAGGGGGAUGGUGACGGUUAUGACUUGGUGGUUGUUGAUGCAAUGCAUAAAGCCAACUAUGCUAGCCGAAUUUGUCAUUCCUGUAGACCAAAUUGUGAAGCAAAAGUUACUGCUGUUGAUGGUCAAUAUCAAAUAGGCAUAUAUAGCGUGCGACCUAUCGUAUAUGGAGAAGAAGUUACCUUUGAUUAUAACUCUGUUACAGAGAGUAAGGAAGAAUACGAGGCGUCUGUUUGCUUAUGUGGCAGCCAAGUUUGCCGAGGGAGCUUUUUGAAUCUGACUGGUGAAGGGGCUUUCCAGAAAGUGUUAAAGGAAUGCCAUGGAAUUCUAAACCGACAUCAGUUGAUGCUAGAGGCUUGUGAAUUGAAUUCUGUAUCCGAAGAAGACUAUAUAGAAUUGAGUAAAGCAGGUCUAGGUAGUUGUUUGCUUAGCGGUUUGCCUGAUUGGCUCGUUGCAUACUCUGCUCGUUUGGUAAGAUUCAUCCAUUUUGAAAGAACAAAGCUUCCAGAGGUGAUUCUAGCUCAUAAUUUGGAAGAAAAGAGGAAAUACUUCACAGAUAUAUGCAUGGAUACCGAGAGAAACGAAGCCGAGAUUCAGGCUGAGGGUGUUUUUAAUCAAAGGAUUCAGAAUUUGGCUCUUACCCUCGACAAGGUGAGAUAUGUGAUGACAAACGUGUUUGGAGAUCCGAAACGCGCACCACCGUUAUUAGAGCGGCUUAGUCCGAAAGAAGUAGUUUCUCAUAUCUGGAAAGGCGAGGGAUCGUUUGUCGAGGAACUUAUUCAAUGCAUUGCACCUCAUUUGGAAGAUGGACACCUAAGCGAAGUACGGUCCAGCAUUCGGGCUCACGACCCAUCUUCUUCCGAUGACGUCUUAGGGGCUCUUCGAAAAUCCUUAAUAUGGUUGCGGGAUGAGGUGCGGAACCUUCCUUGCUCACCAAAAUGUCGACAUGAUGCUGCUGCAGACUUGAUACACAUUUAUGCUCACACAAAGUUCUUUUUUAGAGUGCGGGAGUAUGAGGUUGUAGUAUCCCCACCUGUUUACAUCAGUCCGCUAGACCUGGGCCCCAAGUCUGCAGAGAAAAUGGGACCCGGAUUGCAUGAAUACCGCAAGACAUAUGACAAGAACUACUGUUUAGGGCAGCUCAUAUUUUGGCAUAACCAAGCUUACGCAGAGCCUGAUGCUAACCUCAUCAAAGCAAGCAGGGGUUGCUUAUCGUUACCGGAAAUCGGAUCAUUUUAUUCCAAAAUCCAGAAGCCAUCAUCUCAACGUGUCUAUGGCCCGAGAACCGUGAAAUCCAUGCUUUCUAGGAUGGAGAAGCAGCCUCAAAGAGCAUGGCCAAAGGACAAAAUAUGGUCAUACAAGAGCUCCCCAAAGGUUUUUGGCAGUCCCAUGUUAGAUGGAUUGUUAUGCAAAGCACCUUUAGACAAAGAUUUGGUUCAUUGGUUGAAGCAUAGACCGCCUAUUUUCCAGGCCAUGUGGGAUCGAUAACGAUGAUCUAACUUGACAAACAACUAGCCGUAGCCCAGCCCAACAUGGCCUCCGCCAAUAUCAGCAUCGCGGUAAUAGGGAUACCAUUCUUGUGUACAGUCUCUUUGUAGGUCUUGUAAUUUGUAAUUCAUUAUUGGUAGGUGAAGAAGUAUAAGUAAAAUUUUCUUUUUCUUUUUCUUUUUUUCUUUUUUAUAUGAGAAGUGAAAGGAGGAAAUAUGAAGAUGAUAAUGUUUGCCUUUGUUGUCUUCUUUCUUUUUGACUUGUGGCAUGUUUGUGUUUGGGCUCAUAGUUAUAUGUUGCAUGUUGAAUAUCCAUAGUUGCUAAUUGUAUUAGAAAUUACAAUUUAGUC